AUGUCUUGCAAUGGCUCAAGUUCCCAGCCCUCGGCCUUCACCCUGGCUGGAAUCCCAGGGCUGGAGUCAGCUCACACCUGGUUUGCCAUCCCCUUCCUCAUGGUCUACAUCUUCACAGUACUGGGGAACUGCACUGUUCUCUUCCUCAUCUGGGCAGACCAAAGCCUUCAUGAGCCCAUGUUCCUCCUCCUGGCCCUACUGGCAGCCAUCGAUCUCUCACUGGUCACCUCUGUCGUGCCUCGAAUGCUGGCCAUCUUCUGGGCUGGGGCCAAGGAGGUCAGCGUCCAUGCUUGUCUGGCCCAGAUGUUCUUCAUCCCCUCCUUCUACGUCAUGGAGUCUGGAGUCUUGUUGGCCAUGGCCUUCGACCGCUUUGUGGCCAUUCUCCAGCCACUGCGCUACACCACCAUCAUGGCUCGCCACACCCUAGUCAAGAUGGGGUUGGUAAUAGUGGUCCGGACAGUGGUCGUGCUGGCCCCUGCCCCAGUGAUGGCUAAUAAACUGGUUGGCUUCCGCACACACAUCAUCGCCUACUCCUACUGUGCAUACAUGGCCAUGGUUCAGAUAGCCUGCGGGGACACCUCCAACCAUGUGGCCUACGGCCUCAUGGUGAUCGUGGCUUCCGUGGGUGUUGACCUGCUCUUCAUCGGUCUGUCUUAUGGGUUCAUCCUCCAGGCCGUCUUCCACAUCCCAUCCAAGGAGGCCAAGAUCAAAGCUCUCAGCACCUGUGGCUCCCACCUCUGCCUCAUCCUCACCUUCUAUUCCCCUGUGGUCUUCUCUGUUCUGGCUCAGACCCUCGGCUACAGCAUGGCGCCCCACAUCCGGGUUAUUGUGGACAACCUCUACUUCCUGGUGCCACCCAUGGUCAACCCCCUGAUCUAUGGAGUGCGGACUAAGCAGAUGCGGGAGCGGGUGCUGUGGUUCCUCCGCUGCCCGGGGACCUGA